GAAACAGCCCGUCCACUUCCGAUGACGUCAGACGCCGAGCGUUCGUUGAUUGGUGAGAUUCGAAGCGUCGGCCGUCGCAGCAUGCCCACACUCUGCUAGGCGGGAAAAACAAAAAUGGCGGUUUGAAUUCCAUCGCUGGGGGGAAAGUUACCCGUAACGUACGCACCGGAAGGAGGCUGAACACGGACUGAUAUAAACAUUAUAUAUUGAUAUACGGCAAGCAGGUGAGGUCUUAAAAAAUGGAAGACGCCGAAUCUCGUUUCACUCAUCUCCUACAACCGAUACGGGAUCUAACAAAAAACUGGGAAGUGGAUGUUGCAGCUCAGCUUGGUGAAUACCUAGACGAGCUAGAUCAAAUUUGCAUUUCCUUUGAUGGAGGUAAAACCACAAUGAACUUUGCAGAGGCAGCACUGUUAAUUCAGGGGUCUGCUUGUAUUUACAGUAAAAAGGUGGAAUACCUGUACUCACUAGUGUACCAAGCUUUGGAUUUUAUUUCUAAUAAAAAGAAGGACCAGCAGCCGACAUCUGUAGGAGCGGAUGGUGUUGACAAUGAUGCAACGUUUGCAAAUCGUAGGGAUGAAGAGGAAUUUCUUAGUCUUGAUGAUAUAAAUACAAAGAAAUCCAACGUGGACAUGAAAAGAGAUCAGAUCCCAAAUUGUGUGAAUAUUGUCCCUUUAACUCCAAUGGCAUUGGUACCCCCUGAAGAGGUAGAGAAGAAAAGUAACCCGUUAUGCAGCCGCAAAGGAGAGGUCCUUGCAAGCAGGAAGGAUUUCCGUAUGAAUACCUGUACUCCUCAUGCAAGUGGAGCAUUUAUGUUGGAACUAGCCAGGAUGUCCCCUACAAAGUUCUUGCACAGAGUUGAGCAAACAGAAGAGGUCGCACAGUGUCUAGUUCUGCAGGAAGAACGGCAAGAUCAGAAUGAAAACAUGGAGACAGAGAACAUGGAUUGUGCUGCUCCUGUAGUUGUCUUGAACUUCAGUGACGGUCCUGAUAACAGUGAUGGGGGUGGAUUUGUCCCAUUGGAUGAUCAUCAUGAAGCAGAUGAUCACCAUGAUGUUGGAGAUGCCUUGAUGGAGCCUACAGAACGUAUUGAGAGGAGAAAGAUGCAGUCUGAAGAGAGAGGCUAUGCUCUACGGGAAAGAGUGGCUCUGCAAGAUCCACCCGCUAGCGUGCAGAAUGAAGUUCUAGACCACUGGCGCAGUCUAGAUCCUUUUGAAGCCUGUGCAGAAAAGCCAUUCAAGAAAGGUAAACAUUACACACUGCCGCGAGGUGUGGUAGAAGGAAUGUCCAACAGAAAAAGGAGGCUGCCCUGCAAGCUGCAGGAUUUCAUGAAAUGGCUGUCUUCCACGCACUUUAACCAGUCAGACGCAGGAAAAUCCAGAAGGAAAGGUCCAACAUUUGAAGACAUGGAAGUGUUGUACUGGAAGCACGUUAAAGACCGUCUUGCACAGAAGCAGCUCCAGAAAAUUAAGAACCCACAAUUUGCAAAUGUGGUAGCAUUUGGCAGUGAAGAGGAGCCUGUUAAUCCUUUUGAGCCGCUACGUGAUGAUAAUUGUUUGGAUCAUGAUGACCAUGCAGAUGACCUCUCUGACCUUGAAGACCUCGGAACGGACGUACCAGAAUGUUUGCAAGAGGACCCUGCUCUUGAACCUUGUGAACUUCAAGACCAGAUGAGUUAUGAGGAGCUGGUGAGAAGGAAUGUGGACCUCUUCAUCUCAAAUUCUCAAAAAUAUGCUCAGGAAACUGUACUCUCUCUUCGUGUGCGUGAAUGGGAGGAUAAAAUGGGGCCACAGCUGCAGGAACAGGAAGAUCAGGGGCCUUUUGACAUUCAUGAUUAUGGUGAUCGUCUGGUGUCGCAGUUCAGUCAAGUGGGAGAGUGGCGCACCUUUGCCAGCCUGAUGGUAGAUAAACAACCCCAUGAGGUGUGCAGAUAUAUGCUGGCAUCUCUACAGCUGGCCAAUGACUACACAGUAGAAGUUUCUCAGAAGCCAGGCCUGCAGGAAGGUUUGGAUACAAUGGCCAUGCGACUCCUGAGCCAGCAAAGAGCCCAUGAAAGAUUCAAGACCUACACUGCACCAUCCAUAUCCCAGCAAUGACCUCUGUCAUAUUAAUGGACUGAAUUCUUACCCUGGCGUUGCAUCUUUAUCAGUGGCAAGCAAAUUUAUUUGAUUCAGCAGCUGGUGACAACAUUUUAGCUCCAAAAUGCUGGUUCCUGUGUCUUGGGCAGAACCAUAGAAUGGAUACAGUCAGACGGAGAAUUCAUAUGAUUUAAGAAAAUGCUACCUCUGUUCUCCCUGCAAUGUUAUAGUGACACUGCAUCAACCCAAUUUCCAAUGGAAUCUGUAUUUCAAUUACAGGUAUUGCUGUUGCCAUGUGCAGUCACAGCGGAGUCUUACAGCAGAACUGGGAAAAAAAUAAAAAAGGGUGCUGAAAGGUGUGCGCCUUUCUCCACUAGAUUGACAGACAGUGGGUGAUUCGGAGCAUCCAAUCAGAAACAAUGGUUUUAUUAUCUUUUAUCAUAUCAUAGCCUUUUUUGUAUAUAUUUUAAUAACCAAUACUCUGUACAGCAUUCUUGUUUUUAUAUAUCUAUAAAUCUCUGUAUUAUAAGCCUGUAUGUCGUUUUUGUGUGUUAAUGAUUUUAAUUUAUGUUCUGUAUUAUG